AUGAGUGAAACACAAUUAUUGAAUUCUACAAGUGAUACUAAUCCUGACUACACAUCUUCACAAAUAAGCACAAGCUGGUCACACUUACCUGUUAAAUUUAUUUGCUGUGAUGCAGAUCAAGAAGAGUUAGAUGAUCCAGCAUCGCCUGUUGAAGGAGGAUCUAGAGGUGAUGAAUCGGCUCAUGAACAUGUACGUAAUCAGUUUGGAAGUGAUACCAGUCAACCGUUAAGGGGAACAAGUUCACUUGGUUUAAAUGGUGUCAAAAGUAAUUUGAGGAAUUCACUUGCAUCUAUACCGAAUCAUCUAUCUGUAGAAUACAGUAAUAAUCGACAGUCGAAUAGUACGAAGUCAGUAUCUCCAGAUUGUAGUACAACAAGUUUACUGCGUACCUCAAAAACAAGUACAUCUAUGUUGACAAUGGACACCAGUAAACAGCACACCAGUAAUACUAAUGUUGUUGUUGUUGGUAAUGAUGUUGAUGGUGUUAUCGAUAAAAUUCCAUCAAUCGGUGUAAGAUCAAAUUCGAAUAUAACUAUUUCAUCAUGGUCAACAGUACAAAGUCGUCAUCAUAUUGACAAAUCAAGUCCUAGACAAUUAUCUAAUCAAAAUGUUUUCAAAUCAAGUACUCGAGCUUCAUCAAAACGUCUUGCAAAUUUAUAUAAUUCAUUAACUCCAUCAUAUCGAUCUAAACUGGAUCAAUUUCGACGUAUUUUUCGUGGUACUCCUGUCGACACUGAUCGUUUACUUGUUGAUUAUUCGUGUGCAUUAUCUAAGAAUAAUAAUGGUCUGUUACUUCAAGGUCGAAUGUAUAUCACUGAGACAUGGGUAUGCUUUUACUCGAAAAUACUCUAUGAACAAAAGUUGGAGAGCCAUUGAGGAAAAAAAACCAUCAGGGAGUAUUGAACGAACAGCUGUUUCGUUGGCAUCUUCCGGGACUGAUAGCCAGGAUGCAUUCACCGCUAGGAUUCGAACCCUCUGACAAGGCGAGCUCGUAGACUAUUCAACCAAAGGGACGUGAUUCAUUGUUCAGCCCAUGAAUUCUAACUUCUG